GUCAACGUCACCUUUCCGGAACUAAUGUUAAGUAAGCGCUCGGCUAUACGGAACAUUUCGCAGACGGACCGGUCCUAUGGGGUAAUGUGUCCGCCCGCAAUCCUGCAGGAAUGGAUGAUGACACACCAGAUCAGGUCUUUGCUGAGCUCAAGACUGGGCACCUCGGAGGAUGGGGUGUUGCUCAGAUAGCUGCUGGGACUGGGCUUGCAGUAUAUGCUAUGUGGGUGGGAAUCCUCCAGCCAGGUUUCAGAAAAGUCCCUUUAAGGCUGCAGGUCCCCUACAUUCCAGCCAGCAAAGCUCAAGUAGAUAAUGUCAUGACACUGUUGAGAAGUCGAAAGGGAGGCCUUGUGGAUUUGGGAUCUGGUGAUGGCCGCAUUGUCUUGGAAGCCCAUCGGCAGGGUUUCACUCCUGCUGUUGGUUAUGAGCUCAACCCUUGGCUUGUUCGCCUCGCCCGGUUUCAUGCAUGGAGAGCGGGCCAUCUUGGAAAAGUAUCUUACCGACGGGAAGAUCUCUGGAAGGUCGACUUGACAGAAUGCAAGAAUGUCACAGUGUUUUUGGCUCCUAGCGUGCUUUCAUUAUUGCAGGAGAAGUUGCAGGCGGAGCUUCCUGAUGAUGCCUUAGUUGUAGCUGGACGUUUUCCGUUCCCUGACUGGAAACCCUGCAGGACUGAGGGCCAGGGUGUGGACAGAGCCUGGGCAUAUAGCAUGCAAGCACAAAGACAACAACUCUUCAGGAAAAAUGACACGCUCACAGUCAUGGAUAGCACCCUUGGCAAUGAACUAACCAAGGGGAAAUUAUCCACUUGAAGCUAAAUGGACAUCCCCACUCUUUUGCCCUCCUAGAAUGGUAACAUGGAAUUAUUAUAAAUCGUUAACUUACUGCUCAUAAGAUUUAAAUAUCCUUCACUGGAUAAGGACAGUGCUAAGGAUAUUUUACUUGACUCUCUGAAUACAUAAUUAUAGACUAAAUUGUUUUUCAUUACAUCUUCAACAGGCUGUUUCUUACAAACUGUGUAAGGGAAGGUAAUUGUUAAUUUUCAGUCCAAUGUGGCACUAAAAUGAAAAACCAUGUACAUUUUUUGCACAAAUGUUUUCUCUUCUACAGAUUGGAUUAUUUAAUUUGUUGUCAGCAAUUUCUGAACCACUUUUGAACCAAAAAUUCCUGAGCAGGGCUUUCUGUUGGCAUUGAAGGAAAACCACAACUUUGCCUCUAGAUGCCUGUAGACUUUUGGAUUACCUGCCUGGGGGGAGCAAGCUUUAAAAUGUAUCAUCUGUAGUUGUUUCUGCUGUUUUAAAUAUAUGCCACACUAUACUUCUUAUUUCUUAGACCUACAUAUAAUUAGACAACUUCAGAGGAAAUUUUGGAUCCCAUGGUGCAGAUUGUUUUGUACAGGUAGGAGGAACUAAACAAUUAAUUGUUUUUUGGGUGAUGGUUAGAGGCGCUUAGUGCUGGGGAAAUGUCAGCAAGUGUGGAAUGUGGCUCUUCAGGCUCUGGAGGUGACACGUAGGAUUUUUUUUUUUUUCCCCCAAACUCACAAACCGACUGUAACGCAUUUAUAAACCCCAUGGGGUCCACAGUGUAAGGGUAUAUACAGAAACAACAGUAUCCCUGCGUAUAGUACAUCCUGUGAUGGCAUGAAAUAGUUACCUCUGUCUACAAAUUAUACACAUUAUUUUGUCUUUGCCUGGGUUGUAAAUAAUUAUCCAGUGGCAAUUUGUUUUUGGCUGUAGCCUUUUCUUUGAUUCUCUUGAAUAUUUAACUUUUACCUCACUCUGAUCAUUUCUGCUGCAAAAGUAAUUGUUCUAAUAUAUGUAUGGACUACAAAUUUCUCUUUCUCAUUCACCAUGUGCUCACCAUUUAAUUUGUCACCUUAAUUCAGGUACUGUGUGUAUAGCAUUUGGGUGAAGUUCCACCAUUUCUGACAUUCUGGGGUGGGCCGGGUGAAGAAUGGCCUAAAUAAAACAAGCAAUAUUGGUUUUCAGUGACUAGAACGUCAUUGUUGUCAUUAAAACAAAAUGCUGCAUUAACUACAU